UGUUAAUGGAUGCCGAUACUCCAUUUCUCCCUCAAGAAAUCGUGACGAACAUUCUCAAGCGUCUCCCUGUUAAAUCCCUAAUCCGACUUCGAUGUGUCUGCAAAGAGUGGAAAAAUCUUAUCAAGACCCCAUCUUUCAUCGCUGACCACCUCCAACACCACAGAGAUAAAAAUCCUUUGCUUAUUUGGCAUCGGGGUGAGGGCCCUAGACGUCGACGCUUACAAAUGCUCGAUUACAAGUUGAGAGUCCUUGAAGUUCUGCCCUCGCCUUUGGUUUCAAAAAGGGCUACGAUCGUCGGUUCCAGCAAUGGUUUGCUCUGUCUUAUAUGCUACCAUAAAUUUCCGUCUCUUCCUUUUCUUUUAUUGUGGAAUCCUGCCACUAGAGAGGCCAGGGAGGUUCCCCAACCUGUUAAUAGUAUUAAUGACGAUUUCGGGGUAGGAUUUGGGUUCAGUCCAAGUGUUAAUGAUUACAAGAUAGUGAUAUCUGGUGCGACUUGGUUUUUGGGUGACGAGGAUAUUCGUGUAGAAGUGUAUUCAUUAAGCACAAGGUCUUGGAAGGAAAUAAAAGUUGGGAACUUUGGGGGUGUAGGGUUUUAUUAUCUUCCACCUGUCACUGCUAAUGGAGCUAUUUUUUGGUUUGGAUACAAGCCGGGUGAAAAGGAGGGACGUUAUGAUUGGAUAAUAAUUUCAUUUGACAUAGCAAUGGAAGUGUUUUCAUUGAUACCGCUGCCUGCUUUAUUAGACUUUGGUUCACUGGAGACGCUUACCGUGUAUGAGAACAAACUUGCUAUACUUUCUCGUGCUGUGAUUGGGAACUAUGAAUCUUUUGUGAUUGAUUUGUGGGUGAUGGAGGAAGGUACAGUUGCAUCUGGGGAGAGAUGGGAUUGGAGUAAGGUAUGUAGUAUUAGCACCUCUUCAGAUAUGGUUCCACGCUGCAUUUGGUUAGAUGAAAUUGUUUGUGAAGUUGAUCAUCAGCCCAAACAUGAUAAGACUGCUCUAUGUCUGUUGAAUCUUAAUACUCUUAAAGUGGAGAACUUUGCUACCUUCGGAUAUGCCUGUUCUAUUUCAGUUGCUUCUAAUCAUGUAGAAAGUCUUGUACCUAUUGGCAACAUUCACCUUCAAGAGCCUUGAUUCUAAAUCUUAACCAUUACUUCACAAAUUCAAGGGGAAAUGACCACAACAAAAUUUAGAUGACUGUUUUUGUGGUCCUUGAUGCCCUUUAUACUCAGAACAAGAUGCUUCUGGCAUGUUGUAUAUACCCUGUUUC